UUGACAUCCAGCAAAACAUUCUCAAGGGAGACUGAAGCAGAGAAAGAACAUCCCAGUGAAACUCAAUGGGGAAAGUCACAACCACAACUACGGAAAUGACGUUAGACAAAAAGCAAAUUCAAGCGAUUUUCUUAUUUGAGCUCAAAACGGGUUGUAAAGCAGUGAGGACAACUCGCAACAUCAGCAAUGCAUUUGGCAAUGCAUUUGGUGGUUCAAGAAGUUUUGCAAAGGACACAAGAGCCUUGAAGAUGAAGAGCUUAGUGGCCGGCCAUCAGAAGUUGACAACCACCAACUGAGAGCAAUCAUCGAAGCUGAUCCUCUUGGAACCACACAAGAAGUUGCUGAAGAACUCAACAUCAACCAUUCUACAGUCUUUUAAGGCAAAUUUGAAAGGUGAAAAAGCUUGGUAAGUGGUGCCUUAUAAGCUGAGAGAAAACUUUUUAAAAAAUCGUUGCUUUCAAUCGUUGCUUCUCCUCUUCUACACAACAACAAACCAUUUCUCAAUCGGAUUAUGACAUGCAACAAAAAAUGGAUUUUAUAUGAGAAUCAGCAAUGACCAGCUCAGUGGUUGGACCAAGAAGAAGCUCCAAAGCACUUCCCAAAGCCAAACUUGCACCAAAAAAAGGUCAUGGUCACCAUUUGGUGGUCUGCUGCUGGUCUGAUCCACUACAGCUUUCUGAAUCCCAGCAAAACCAUUACAUCUGAGAAGUAUGCUCAGCAAAUCAAUGAGAUGCACCCCAAACAGCAACGCCUGUAGCUAGCAUUGGUCAACAGAAAGGGUCCAGUUCUCCACGACAACACCCAACUGCACAUUGCACAACCAACGCUUGAAAAGUUGAACAAAUUGGGCUACGAAGCUUUGCCUCAUCUGCCAUAUUCACCUGACCUCUUGCCAACCGACUACCACUUUUUCAAGCAUCUCGACAACUUUUUGCAGGGAAAAUGCUUCCACAACCAGCAGGAUGCGGAAAAUGCUUUCCAAGAGUUGUUGAAUCUAGAAGCACGGAUUUUUUUCACUACAGGAAUAAACAAACAUACCUCAUUGGCAAAAAUGUGUUGAUCUUAAUGGUUCCUAUUUUGAUUACUAAAGAUAUAUUUUGUUCGUUUGUUUUUGAGAUGGAGUCUCGCUCUUUUCGCCCAGGCUGGAGUGAAGUGGUGCAGUCUCAGCUCACUGCAACCUCUGCCUCCCGCGUUCAAGCAAUUCUCCUGCCUCAGCCUCCCAAGUAGCUGUGAUUACAGGCAUGUGCCACCAUGCUCAGCUAAUUUUUGUAUUUUUAGUAGAGACAGGGUUUCGCCGUGUUGGCCAGGCUGGUCUCAAACUCCUGACCUCAAGUGAUCCACCCACCUCAGCCUCCCAAAGUGCUAGGAUUACAUGAGCUACCGCACCCAGCCAUAAUAAAAAUAUG